AUGAUAAUACGGCGGCUAUUCGGACGGCAAAGCCUAGCUUUGCUGAGGUCUUCCUCAUCCCGAACGACGGCGUGCGGCCGCUUAUUCGCGACGGAUUCAGACCCGACUCCUCCUCCGCCAAUUACCCAGCGGACUGCUACGAGUCAGACAGGUUCUAUUCCAACCACUGUGCUGGAUGGAAAUGCAAAAUCGUCCCUGCCGGGACAGCAGACAGAGGAGAAUGCCGCGCCCCGGGCUGGCCGUGGUGACCCGGUUGAAAACCCGCAAGAGAUAGCUGAAGCGUCGGGAUUAACAACAGCACCAGCACCAGCUACUCCCGCACAUACAUCAUCCCCUACAUCAUCGUCACGGCCAACAAAGAUAGCACAGCCAUCGCCCGAAAAAUUCCAUAAACUCGGCUCCGUCCUCAAAGACCUCUACAGACCAGAAAGUCUAAUCGCAAACCCCCCCCGCGUCGAAGACAUAACCCUCGAACUCCUCCUCGCCUCGCAAACCCACCUCGGCCACGCCACCUCCCUCUGGAACCCAGCGAACGCAGAAUACAUCUUCGGCAUCCGGCAGGGCGUGCACAUCAUCUCCCUAGACGUGACAGCCGCCUACCUGCGGCGGGCCGCCAAGGUCGUCCGCGAAGUCGCCCGGCACGGCGGGCUGAUCCUCUUCGUCGGCACGCGCAAGGGCCAGCGCCGCAUUGUCGUCAGCGCCGCCGAGCGCGCCAAGGGCUGCCACGUCUUCCAGCGCUGGGAUCCCCGGCAGCCUGACGAACAGCGAGCAGAUCCUGGGCCACUGCGAGAAGCAGGUGGUCAAUGCCUUUUGACGAGGCCGCUGCCGGGGCUACGAGCGCAGCUGGAGCAGCUGCCCCGCGCCUCAAGCCCGGAUCUGGUCUGUGGCCUGCAUACGAUCCCGACGAUUGGGAUUAUUGAUACCGAUGCUAAUCCGACGCAUGUUACGUACCCGAUCCCGGCGAAUGAUGACAGUUUGCGAUCUGUGGCGGUCAUCGCGGGGGUUUUGGGGAGGGCGGGGGAGGAUGGGCAGCGGGUUAGAUUGCAGGAGGCGGCGGAGGGGAAGGUUAUGUAUGCUGUGAAUGAGAUAUUGGAGGAUUGGAAGCCGAAGUCUGCGGAGGUUGCGGAGGCGGGGGCGGAUCAAUAA